ACUCGCUGAAGCAGCUCCGGCAGCGGCACAGGCGGCGAACGGCGGGGAAUCCCUCACUGCUGCCCUCGCUUCCGCGGAGCGCCCCGAGCCCGGCUCCCCGAUGACCCUGAACCGCGGAGACAAGGUGCGGUGCCUGGAGCGGCGGCGGGGCAGCACUCCGUUCGCGGCCCAGCCCCUGCACCGCCGCAGCAUGCCCGUGGACGAGCGCGACCUGCGCGCCGCCGACCCCCAGGGCUUGGUGCGCUGCACCUCCUACAGCCCCGGCGGCGAGCACCGCGACAGCUGGGCCUCCGACUCCUCCGACUCCGUCAUCUCCUCGGGCAGCGACUCCGACAGCAGCCUCUACAAGGUGAUCCUGCUGGGCGAGCACGGCGUGGGCAAGACCAGCCUGGCGCGCAUCUUCGGCGGCGUGGAGGAUGGAGCGGACGCGGACGAGGCCGGAAAUACAUACGACAGAUCAAUUAUAGUCGAUGGAGAAGAAGCAUCUCUCGUGGUGUUCGAUAUAUGGGAGCAGGAUGACAGCCAAUGGCUCCAGAACCACUGUAUGAAAAUGGGAGAUGCCUAUAUUAUUGUAUAUUCAGUGACAGACAAAGUUAGUUUUGAAAAGGCCUCUGAGCUAAGAAUCCAGUUAAGAAGAGCAAGGCAAACAGAAGACAUUCCUAUUAUCCUUGUGGGCAAUAAAAGUGACCUGGUCAGGUCCCGGGAAGUCUCAGUUGAUGAGGGCCGGGCCUGUGCUGUGGUGUUUGACUGCAAAUUCAUCGAGACCUCAGCUGCUCUUCACCACAACGUCAAGGACCUGUUCGAGGGCAUCGUUCGGCAGAUCAGGCUCCGCAAGGACAGCAAGGAAGACAAUGCCAGGAGGAUGGCCAACACCAAGAGGAGGGAAAGCAUAGGCAAAAAGGCAAAGCGAUUCCUUGGGAGAAUUGUGGCAAAGAACAAUAAGAAGAUGGCUUUCAAGGCAAAAUCCAAGUCCUGCCAUGACUUAUCAGUGCUAUAGGAGCUGUCAGCAAGGCCAGGUGUUGCUCGUGAUGAACAAGCCUUGGACUGUUAUGAGAAGUGUGUAGAUGAUCCUCGUGGUGAUAACAAGAACGACUUAUCCAUUGAGACUCAUUAAUGCCUUAAGGUGCUCAAGCAAGUCUGGAAGUUACACCACAAUGCUUCAUUGAUAAAUGGUUUAAGUUUCAAUGUGUGCAAGUACAUGAACUAACUUGAAAUAUGUGGCUUGACAUGCCCACAUUUUCGCUGUGUACAUAUGUUCUAUAUCCUCUUGUCCUGUGGAUACCAGAGAUGCAAAGAUAAGAAAGAAUAAUAAGUAUCACCAUAGACUUGUCUCGUUUGCAGAGCAAAACUUAAACUUGUACGCAGGCUCGUACACUCUUUUUAGUAUAAUGCAAGCAAUGAUAAAUCUUUUUAAACUUCAAUGUGGGGAGGAGGGGGUAGAACCACAUCAGAACGGGAGAAAACAAAUGAUAUAUAUAUAUUUAAAUACAGAACAGAUAUCAUUUUAUGAAGUUAAUUUGCACUUCCAUUAACUGUUAUUCAAUGAAUUGGUUACUUGUUUACAUGCAGAUUUUAUAAUAAAGUAUUAUUUCCUGUUAUAAUAAA